AUGCCAUCCCAGCCGAUUGGUAUAUGGCGCUGCUGUAAAUGUCACAAGGGCCACGACAUAUACAACUUUGAAAAAGGCGCCCACCUAACCAGUAUCCUGAACUGCGUGUGCACCCACCGAAGCUGCUCCAACUGCACGCUGGACGGGUUGAUCAAGAAAUUCCAGCCCAUGAACGAGCCGGAAGUGGUCCAGCUCCCCGAAGAUGGAUCGAAGCAGGUACGGUUCGGCGUGUUCUGCGAUGGAUGCGGACUGUCCUGGAGGGCACAGGGUGUUGGCAAAGAUCUGUCAAAGAAGUCAGCACUGCAUCGGAUCUCUGCCCUCCCUAAGCUUCUUGCAAAGCGGGGAGCACAUCCUUUAGAGAAACUCAGGCAUGUGAAAUCCAUGACCAAUCUCUCAUACCCGGAGUCAGAUAUUCCGCCGUCCGCCUCCCGAUCGACGCUCAAUCUACGAGUGCUCUCAAACGAGAUGACAAAGGGGCAUGGCAAGCAAGCCGAGUUUGCAACAGUUAUGUUCGUCGGCAUCCAGUGCACCUGCGGUCUUGUCACGGACCCUUCUUCCCUCUGUUUCCAGCUAGUGGAUCCACCUAGGGACCUGCCUGAAGCAAGGAGCGCGAAGACCGUGGCCGAGAGUACAGUCCCAACCUUCAAUAGCACACCAGAAGACCUAGCAAGGGGUCAUGGGACACCGAUGCUCAGUCUAAAGGGUCGCCAGCAUGUCAACCCACUCAUGAGCAACCCGAUCACGGAGGGUGCCUGA